AUCGAUUGGGUGGCAUACUUCCAACAAAUCGCUCCAUCAGAAAUGAUCAAAAUGUUCAACAAUGACACUGAAAUUAUAGUCGCUGAGAUUGAGUUCCUUAGAAAGGCAUCGGAACUCAUCAAGAAUACCGAUAGUGAGAUACUCGUGAACUACAUCAUCUGGCGAGUUGUGCAGGCGAGCGUGCGACUUCUCGACGAACGAUUUGAGAACAUAAAACAG